UAAUGGACUUUUGACAUUUGAACCAUUUUAUGAAGGAAACCCCAAGGCUUUCCCUUCCAACUCUACUAGAGACAUUAUAGCUCCACUCUGGGCGAAAUUUGACUGUAGCGUCAGUGGAAGCAUCUCCUACCGCAUGGUGACUCGAGGCCGUAUUCUGGACCGGGCAAGAAAUGAUAUCAAACAGUAUUUCCCUCAGUUUGGGUUCUCAGUAUAUUCAGUCUUCAUUGCUACUUGGAAUAGAUUGCCGUACUUGAACAGCCCCACGACGGAAUCUUCCUUCCAAGUCGUUCUAGUCAUUUGCAGAACUCUUUCCUUUGUCAUAUUGAACUAUGGAAAUAUCUCCUCAACUGAUCAAAGUUUUCAGGCUGGCUAUGACACAAUAAACUCCAUAAAUUAUUUUUCAAUCCCUGUGCCUGAUGAAAAUAAGCUAUUCAACUCCAGUAAUGUCAAUGUGCCGGGACGCUGGGUAUUUCGUGUUGAUGGUGGACCGGAGGAGGGGACAUUCUACCCAUAUGGAGGUGUAGAGGAUGAGAUGAGCCCGAGGUCAGAUGAUGGAAGUUCUCCACUGAUUCCUCUGCUGCAGCCAUUUGUGUACUUUGGACGUGAAUAUGACAAAAUAUUUGUGAAUAAUAAUGGAGACCUGACCUUUGACAGUCCACUUUAUCAGUGGUAUCCCUAUUAUUUUCCUGCAUACUCGUCUGUAGACAUCAUCGCUCCACUGUGGACAGACAUUUAUAAUUAUGAGAAAGGAACCAUCUCUUACAGACAAGUAACAGAUGCUCGUCUCUUGAAUCGUGCUUCAAGAGAAAUAAACAAAUAUUUUCCAGACUUGAACUUCUCUGCCACUUGGGUUUUUAUUGCUACCUGGGAUAAAGUACCAUAUUUUGGAAACAGAGAUGCAGAGUCAACCUUCCAAGUGGUUUUGGUGUCUGGAAAAAACAUGUCAUUUACACUUAUGCAUUAUGAUUUUAUCACUCCGACCGAAAGUGCAGAGUCUGGCUUCGACACAAUUUACUCUACUAAUUUCUUUUCAAUUCCGGUUUCUGAGGUUGCAAAUCUGUCAUACACAAGCAAUGUCAAUGUCACGGGUAGAUGGGUAUUUCGUGUUGACAAUUCAUCAGAAAACAAUGGAUUCUGUAUUAAAACGUAUCCCCAAGCUUCCUCAGAUGAUGUUUCUAGUGCUUUGAUAUGUGGAAGAACCCCAGUUACCACCAGCAGCAGGAUAGUGGGAGGUCAGAACGCUUCAGCUGGACGCUGGCCCUGGCAAGCUAGUCUCCUCUGGCAAGGCAGCCACAUCUGUGGAGGUUCUCUGAUCAACAAAGAGUGGGUGCUGUCUGCUGGCCACUGCUUUAAUGGGGAUCCUGCAUAUUUUUACACUGUGUUGUUGGGGCAACAGACCCAGGAAGGCUUCAGCCCCAAUGAAGUGUUCAGAUAUGUGAAAUUAAUCAACAAACAUCCUAGUUACAACCAUUUAACAAAUGACAAUGAUAUUGCUCUUCUCAAAAUGAGCUCUCCAGUCAUCUUCACUGACUACAUCAGACCCGUGUGUCUUGCAGCUCAUGACAGUGUGUUCAACAGCGGCACAGACAGCUGGGUCACUGGAUGGGGAAACAUUGGUGAAGGAGUGCCCCUUCCAUCCCCUAAUAUUCUACAGGAAGUGGAGGUUCCUGUAAUUGGUAACAGACAGUGCAACUGUCUCUAUGGAGUGGGAAAUAUAACAGACAAAAUGAUCUGUGCUGGUCUACUGGAAGGAGGCAAGGACUCAUGUCAGGGGGAUUCAGGAGGUCCGAUGGUGAGCAGACAGAGCUCUGUAUGGGUUCAGUCCGGUAUCGUUAGCUUUGGGACUGGCUGUGCUCGACCUGAACUUCCCGGUGUGUACACCAGAGUAUCACGUUAUCAGGAAUGGAUCAGCUCCAUUGUUUGCAGUGAUCCGCCAGGUUUUGUGGACUUUACCUCCACUGGAGCUGAUCCUGACUACAGUUACAGCUGUCCUGGUCUUCCUCCUCCUCCUUUCCUAUUAACAGAAUCUAAAAUUCCAUCUUCUGCAACAUCCACUCCACAAAAUUCUUUGCUAUCAUAUUUUCUGUUGCUUCCACUCAUGUGUUCCAUUAUUUAUAGGGUUUGGGGUCAGUAA